AUGCAUGAAGUUAAUGUGUUGACACAAUUUCAAAAUGCACGUUUGGAAGCUACUCUGAAGAUAUGGAGUAUGCUUCUUGGUAUUCUCUUUACAUACCAAGUAUGGAUCUUCACCUGCAUUUUUGAAGCUUCAGCUGAUUGGGAAUUGUCAUGCUAUAACGAGUCUCUGCAUAUACAUUGUGGCUCCGAAAAAACAAUAAUUAUUCAUGAAGCUCACUUUGGUUAUUUUCGUGAGAUUCUACUUAUAUCAAACUCAACCGAUCGGUGUCGUACACACAAUUCUCGAGAUUGUUGGGUCGAUGUGACUGCCAAUAUAUCUAGAAGAUGUUCUGGUCAUUCUGUAUGUAAAAAUUCCGUUCAUUAUUCAUCUGACUUGUCUGCUGAUUUGUUGGCGAGGGAAUGUUCUUUCAUAAUCGACAAUGCAGCUGAGCCAACUUUGUUCGUAGAGUAUGACUGUAUUUCAACAACUCUUCCAACACGAAUAUCUAAUGGAAAUCAUGUGGAUCCUGAACAGAUUGGUGGUUAUUUAAUCAACUUAGAUCAUAAUGAAAUAAUAAAAAGUGAUUGA